CGACAUCACUGCUUUCUAGAUAACUUGGACAGAAACGAGCUCCGAUUGGGAAAAUUUGUUUUGAACGGUCAUUCAACUUGCAAUUCCCAGGCGGAAACUCGGGCAUCUUUUUAAGAGCUACGAAUUUCUUACCCGAAGAUCGCCGAUGUCAUGGUUUGACUUCGUGUUUUUCCGAUUUCCCAGUUGUCGUGAAAGCACCAUGUGACAUGAGACUUGUCAUGUGAUUUAUCAGCUGACCCCUUUUCCACACACGGUAACAGCAUGAGAAAACCUUGACGCAAAGAUAUGAAGAGGAGACUUCUGCUCGUGUCCAACUCAACCCUGCACGGGGGUGGAUAUCUGGAACAUUGUCAACAGCAGAUCAAAGACUUUUUCGGAAAAGGUGUGGCGAGGAUCUUAUUCAUCCCCUAUGCACUGUGUGAUAGAGAUGGCUACGCAAAGACUGCCAGGGACAAGUUCAACAGUUUGGGUUAUGAGGUGGACAGCAUACACGAGGCCUCUGACCCAGUGGAAGCUGUAAGGAAGGCUGAGGGUAUAUUUAUAGGCGGUGGCAACACAUUCCGUCUGCUGAAAUGUCUCUACGACAACAAUGUGCUGUCUGAGAUCAACAAGAGGGUUCUGCAGGAUGGUGUUCCCUACAUGGGUUCCAGUGCUGGCACCAACGUCUCCACUGUCAGCAUCAACACUACCAACGACAUGCCUAUCGUGUACCCGCCCUCCUUCAAUGCCAUUGGUUUAGUGCCUUUCAACAUCAACCCUCACUUCCUGGAUACGGACCCUAACAGCAGACACAUGGGAGAGACACGAGAGCAGAGGAUCAUUCAGUACCAUGAGGAACCUGACACUACAUCUGUUCUGGGCUUGAGAGAGGGCUCCAUGUUGCUAGUAGAAGGAAACAAGGCUACUCUACUGGGCACCUGCAAGGCACGGCUGUUCACCAGGGGGAAGCCAACAACAGAAUUUGAAUCUGGCAGUGACCUCAGCUUCUUGCUGACAGACAGACAGUAAAAAGAAAAAGUUGUACUUCUCCACACCCAGCAAGACUGAUUCAGAUCCUUUCAAGUGGAAAUGUACUUACCGGUUUAUGAUAUCAAAAUAAAUAUUAUUACCCCAAAAAAUGAA